CUCCAACAGAUUCACCACAUAAACCACGCGGAAGCAUCUAAAAGGACCUUUAGAACAGUUCAUACAGCUGUAAUUAUCAUCUACGUCGAUUGCCUCGAUUUUCAGCGACAUCGUUCUAUCAAUGGCGGGGCUGCCACCGUUUACGUCAUUUCCUACUGCAGAAGUCCGCAACGUUAUUCUUCCCACACAGUGGGACUUGUACGUGGAGUCAACUACUUCUUUGACUGACCUUUAUCUCCAAUCGAGUGACCAAGACUUCCUGUCCGCCGUACAACAUGGAACUAGCCUUCAGGAUUUUCUCACCAGCUUUUUCCAUGAGUUGGCUAGGAACCCUACGUUGUCGCCUAGUUUGUUACCAUUGCGGCGGAAAGCCUUCGUAUUGCUCCAUAGGAUUUGGUCCUCGAACACUGUUCCUACAAAUCUCUUAGAAUGGUCCUUCGUGUCAAAUGUUUGUCGAAGUUACCCCAAGAAUGAACAACGUCGCUCGCUUUUAAAACUUAUUUGGAGCCGGGAAGGCAGCAGGCUAGAGAAGUCCUUGCAACUAGCAAAAGAUUCGGCAAUCAAGUUAUUGGACUCGAAGAACCCAGACAAUGUAGAGAAUAUUCUAGAUUCUCUUGGUCCCUUAUUGAAAUAUUCUACAGAGGCUGGAGAAUUUAUGCUCACUGGAUCCGAUUUCUUCGAUUCCCUGGGUUCGGCGUAUCCAAAGGUUUCCCCAAACAUCCAAAGGAAACUCGUGAUAACAGCAUACUUAGGACUCACGUCACUUGUAAAUGGACCAAAGCCCAAAUUCUCACUAUUAUCGGAUUAUCUUUAUGGACUCAAAACCAGCGCGGAGCAAGCACAGAAGAGAAAAGAGACAGAAAAGACUUACGUAGCCGACCUUGUUACGAAUACACCUCUUGUAGAAAGGAUCAGAGCUGCAUCUAGUGGGACUGAGGGUGCACGAUUGAAGAACAUAGUCUCAUCUCUCGCUACUUAUCAUCAGGAGGGAAUCGCCCGCCCCAAAAAGAUUAUCCGUCGCAAAGUUGAUAAAGGCAAGGGCAAAGCUACGGGUGAAGAACAUAACAACGAAGGGUUUGGAGAAUUCCAUGUCCACCGUAUGAGCUUGGUCACUCAAGUACAGGAUCUUUUCCCAGAUCUUGGCCCUGGAUUUGUGAUCAAGCUGCUAGAUGAAUACAACGAUAAUGUUGAACUGGUCACUGCGCAUCUACUGGAAGACUCUUUACCCCCACACCUUGCAACUGCAGAUCGCAGCGAGCCAUUGCCACAAACUUCGACACCAGCCUACUCACAUUUACCACCUCGGUCGACACCACCUCCAGCUUAUGAGCGCCGCAAUAAGUACGACAACGAUGAGCUGGAUAAUCUCACGGUGGACACGUCUCGCCUGCAUAUUGGCCGCAAGAAUCAGCAACUCACUGCUGACAACAUUCUGUCCGACCGUAGCAAUGCACCCAAGAAAUCAUCAAUCCUGGCUGCUCUUGCAGCCUUUGACUUAGAUGAUGAUGAGCGUGACGACACAUAUGACGUCGAGGAUGUUGGUGGUACGAUUGACUCUGCAGCUCCUGGACCCGACGGAGCGGAUGCGGACCUUCAAGACAAGAACGAGGAGGCACUGUUCAGGGCCUUUGCCAUGUCGGCAGAUGUUUUCGGUCGAGAUGCAGAGACGAGGAGAGGAAAGGCCAGGGCUAUCCUCAAGAGUGAAACAGGAAUGACGGAUGAGGCCAUUGAGGGCUGGGCUGUCAUGAUGACCCGCGAACCCAGGCGUCUUCGUCGUUUAGAGGCAAAAUAUGCAACCUUCUCCGGCCAACAACGAGAGCUAGCAUCAACAGCUUACAGAGGAAGCCCUGCCGAGUCAGGAGAUGAAGGAAAGAGCGACGCCCAACGCGGGGGAAGGGGCGGUCAUUCCGGGAGAGGCCGCGGACGGGGGAGAGGGCGAGGUGGUGGAAAUGUUGCAGGCUCGAAUGAGGAAAAAUCCACGCAAGUAUCACGGCAGAGGAAGGAAGCAAACAAAGGAAGCCGUGCAAAUCACAAUCGCAGGGACCAACGAGCACGCAAGAUGGCUCGAGGCGGACUUGCAGGUUGAUACCGACAUUGCAUGCUGUAUCUCUCACGAUAGCCCUGGACUUAUGGUCACUAAGUGGUGGUACCCUAGCUGAGGAAAUGUCAUGUUUGGCAUCUUAUGCGAGGAGGAGUAAGGCUCCCCAAAUGCUGCAUUUGAUGAUCUCGGGUUUUGGAAGCACCGAAACUAUAUCCCAAAGAUGUGCUUGCCUUUCGGCCGUAGGACUACGUAGUGUAAGAGUUCACAGGAAUGUUAACUCACCACGGUGUGCCGUAAGUUCCUACAGCUUACAAGAUGAUAGCUGCCCAUCGGCCGUACGCUUUGGGAAAAUGCCCCAUAAAAGGAUGUUGAAACAGGGGUCAUAUCAGAUGGAUCCAAUGCAGUCAGAACGUAAUACAGACUAACUCCC